AUGUGGGAGCAAGUCAGGAGAGCUGUGCUGAGCUCUCUGUCCACCACCUCCCUGCGCCUCUGGAAGUGGCUGAGAGCCUUCUGGUGCAAGAAUGGCCUCCUGACGCUCUCCAUGCUGUCGGUGGCCACUGGCUGCACUCUGGGGUUCCUGUUGCGGGCACUGGAGCUGACGGAGCUGGAGAAGCAGUACUUUUCCUUUCCUGGAGAGCUCCUCAUGAGGAUGUUGAAGAUGCUGAUCCUGCCCUUGAUCACCUCCAGCCUCAUGUCUGGGUUGGCCACCAUGGACUCCAAGGCCUGUGGGAAGAUGGGGGUGAUCACCAUCACCUACUACCUGUGGACAACCUUCAUGGCAGUGACCAUUGGCAUCAUCCUGGUGGUCAGCAUCCACCCUGGUGCAGCUGCCCAGAAGGAUGACUACUCUGUGAGCAAAGUGGUGCUGAGCUCUGCUGAUGCACUACUGGAUUUAAUCAGGAAUAUGUUCCCUUCUAACCUGAUUGAGGCCUCAUUCCAGCAGUACCGAACUGUGCUUGUCCCGGUGGUGAAGUCCCCUGGCUCCCCCAGGAUCCCAGGGAAGUCUCUCAGCUUCAUUUACUUUGCCCCUGAUGAUGAACACCCUGAGAUUCACCACCCUGUGCUCCUCGAGCUGACGCCGUCCCCAGAGAUGACCUACAGGACCCUGCCAGGGACCAGCAACGAGAUGAAUGUCCUGGGCAUCGUCAUCUUCUCAGCAACCAUAGGACUGCUGCUGGGGAAGAUGGGCGAGCGAGGAGCCCCUCUGGUCAACGUCUGCCAGUGCCUGAACGAGGCAGUCAUGAAAAUUGUCUCCAUGGCAGUUUGGUACUUCCCGUUUGGCAUUGUGUUUCUCAUUGCUGGCAAGAUCCUGGAGAUGGAAGAUCCAUCAGUGAUCGGGCAGAAGCUGGGACUCUAUGCCGUCACGGUGGUGUCAGGGCUGGCCAUCCAUGGGCUCUUUAUCUUGCCUCUGCUGUUUGUGCUCAUCACCAAGAAAAAUCCCUUUGCUUUCAUUCAGGGGAUACUGCAGGCCCUGCUGAUCGCCUUAGCCACAUCUUCCAGCUCAGCAACCCUGCCCAUCACUCUGAAGUGUCUCCUGGAAAACAACGGCAUAGACAGACGUGUGGCACGCUUUGUCCUGCCUGUUGGUGCCACCAUCAACAUGGAUGGCACUGCACUCUACGAGGCAGUCGCUGCCAUCUUCAUUGCCCAGGUCAAUGAAUACGACUUGGAUUUGGGACAAAUCAUAACUAUAAGCAUAACAGCAACAGCAGCCAGCAUCGGGGCGGCCGGGAUCCCCCAGUCCGGGCUGGUCACCAUGGUCAUCGUGCUGACCUCCGUGGGGCUGCCGACCGACGACAUCACCCUCAUCAUCGCCAUCGACUGGGCUCUGGAUCGAUUCCGGACUAUGACCAAUGUCCUUGGAGAUGCUCUGGCUGCUGGCAUCGUAGCCCACGUCUGCAAGAAGGACUUUGCCCCUAAGCCCCCCAAGCAAGAUCCAGUAAGCCACACAGAGAACUGUCCUGCAGAGAGCUCCCAGGUGCACCCCAGAGACAACGUGAUUGAGAUGAUCGAGGAGACUCUGCUUGAGCGGACUGGGGUUCAUUACAACAUCUGCCAGGUGUAG